AAUCUUUUAUGAUAAAAAGACGCGCAUCGCUACCCUCGUUUAAAUUUUCGCUUUGUUCAGGAACAAAAAUUAUUAUUCAUCGCUGAAAAAGAGUAGACAUCAAUAAAGGCGGGUGACUUUUUCUCCUCUCGACGAAAAACCUUUCCUUCUCUGCGACUUAUGGGAACAUUGAGAUCGUUUUUCUUUGGACGUGACCUCGCGGUCGACAUUAUGCCAGAAGAUAGGCUAACAUACUCUUGAAAAACCAAUAACUCGGCAAAGAGAAACCCUUGGUUUAAUGGAUUUUGGAGAUAGGUGUUCUGUUGGCGGCUGUAACAACGAUAGAGGAAAUCCGAAAAAAUGGGUCAUCCACUCACAUGCACAGAAGUUAUCGUUCCACAAGCCCAAGCAAUCAUUAAUUGAAGCAUGGUCUCGACAGGUUCAGAAGGGAAGAAACGAGGUUUUGUUUGACCCCCAAACAAAAUGGCCGUAAAAACCGUGGAAGGGUCUAUUCAGUGACACCUUUAGGUAAUUAUGUAAUUUUGAUCUUUGUCAACUCGCUAUCCUGAGGCCGCUGAGGAGUCUUUUACAACCGACUGAUCAGUGAACUAUUUGAAAAAUCAUGACUACAGAACAAAAGAACAAAAGAUGUCAAACACUUAACACUAGAAACUGAAAUCUUGUUACACUGAAUCAGAAACACAUGUGUUUACCCAAUUCAGCACUGAACACUUUCUCGGAAAGUCAAACGCAAUGAAUCGCUCUGAAACAGGAAAGGUGCUUGCACUGAGUAAUAUCGGAGAAAAUGACGAACCUCUCGAAGGUAAGAGCAUUCAGUUAAGAUAUAAUACUCAUGUGAUGUUAACCUGAAUUAAACUAUUUGUUUUAGAUGAUACAGUUUCAGGUAGGUUUGAGUCCUAAUGCAUUUGGACUUCCGGUAGAGUUACUUCCCCCGAUAAGGACUUGCGUAACUUGAGAACCCAAGCCUUUAAACGCGAACCAAGGCUACUUUGAAAGUUAAAAUCAUCGACGGGGCAGCAGGAGAGUGAUGGAGAGCACUCAGGUGAGGUUGCUUUCGAAGGAAUUAGGCGUAAAAUAUUUACGUUCUCAAAUUGAAAGAAUUCAACGUCUUCUCGAGCGAUGUCGUCGAUGUGAUUGCCCAGAGUUGGGUGGUAAAGGUUGCAACUGCGUGAAAGAAGAUGACAAGGAGGUCUUUAACAGAUGUGAGGGAUUCCUUCAUGAUAACAGUUCUCAAACGGAAGUGAUACAUGCUUCGCCUGCGAAUUCUCGAGGGUUGAUCUAUCAGCGAUCAGAUUCGUCUGUACCACGAGAUUUUGCGGAUGCAUCUCAAAUACUUGGUACAAGUCCAAGCAACGUUCGCCUCUCAAAAGGCGCUUUACCUAAAGAUCAAGAGUAUGAAGGAGUACGGAAUCCAUAUGUGCUGGUGAUAAACAAUGUUAACUUUAACAGGGACCCACGACCAAGGAAUGGGGCUAAACACGAUCAAGAAAACGUGGAGAGGUUUGUCAGAGAAGCUGGGUUCAGUUGUGUUCUGAGGCAUUUUGACUUGGCCAGACGCGAGAUGCUGAAUCUUCUUGAGGAAAUUCGUAAAAGUGAAGCUUUGUUUGAAAAUGACGGUUUCAUAUGUAUUAUCAUGAGCCAUGGCAAUGAAGAAGGUAUUUUAUGCAGUGAUCAUAAAGCUAUUCCAGUGGAGGAAAUAAUGGAGAAAUUCAGAGGAGGUAUGGAUGCUUGUCCCCAGCUUGCAAAGAAACCAAAAUUGUUCUUCAUCCAAGCAUGCAGAGGAGAAGUUGAGGACAAAGGAUACUUUGUACCAAGAGGACCAAAAGAUGUUUAUUCUGAUACAGCUGAUAGUGAGAUGCCAGUAAAACUUCCUUCCGAUGCAGAUUUUUUGAUCGCCUACUCUACCACUAAAGGAUCACUCUCUCACAGACGCUUCACAGUUGACAGAAAAUAUGCCGAGGCACAUAAAGCAAGUUUGGGCUCUUGGUUCAUUUCAUGCUUGGUGCAGGUUUUAUGUGAGAACUCUGACAAGGAGGACUUAAUGACAAUGCUCACAAGAGUGAACAGAGCCAUGUGCGAAUGUUACUCAGAAGCUGGAAGCAAACAGAUUUCAUGCCAACUUUCUAUGCUCACAAGAAAGGUCUACUUUUCAAACUUCCUUAACAAGAAAAGCCGCUCUCGCAGCAACACAGAUUAGAAGCAGCCUCACAUUGAGUACGUGAAAUGGUCACACAAGAUACAACCGCAAUUGUCCGUUUUACUUUACAUCUGGCAAAAUCACUUAUAAUUAGAUAUUACACUUUGGCCACAGGACUUGUUGACAUCGUGGAAAUUUGCAACUGUCGGGAAUUUCUCGACCACUAAUUAAUUUUGUCUACUUUUAUAAUGGUUUUUUUUGUUUUCUUUCGGAAAUAUGACUGUUAUCCCUUGUGACUAUCAAACAAUUAAAAAUUAAAAUUUCUUUGAACGAGUCAGUAAAGGACCAGACAAGAUGUCCAGCAAUCCAAGGAUUUGUCCGGUCAGUACCCAAUUUUGACCGGCCGUUAUUUGCAGCCCUGGCCAUAAGGAAGUGAUUCCCAAGGAUUUCAAAGGAGUUUACAAAAUGCAGCCAUGGUACAGUGCAAGGUAAAUCCCAUUCACAGAACAACUUAUCAAAGACCUCAACCUUAUUGCAAAAUGAUGUUACUCUUUAAAAAAAAAAAUUCCCCCUUUUACCCCUCCCUCUAAACAAAUCCUUGAAUAAUUUUAAUUGGCACUGAUUUAAUAUUUGAGCUUAGAGGGGUACUUCUAGGAAGGAGGCAGCUUAGUCAAGCAGAAUUGCUUACUAAGAACUUUUUAACCUGUACUGAUUAGUUAUAAUUAAUGCAGCAAUGGAAAUAGAUUUUCUUGUAUCUCAACAAUUUAAGUGAGAGAGGGAGGAAGAGCACACUUGUUUAAAUUACCAGCCCAGGUGGAAGGUACUAAUUAAUGCAUGGACAUGUAUUCAAGGAGAUUAUGGGCUUAUAGAAACAUUUAAGUAUUUGGUUGGAAGCUAUUCAAGAUUGUAUUUGGAAUUGGUGUAUGCACAUAUCCAGAAGCAGAGAUGGUCAGAGAAAAAAAGCAUAAAACACAUUCAUACUCGUGGAAGAUGUGUAUCUACCAUUUUUAACAGUAUCCUGUCAUAGAUGAAGAACAAACUUUAGGCUUAAGGCAGGAAUUAAGUCUAUGUUCUCUUAUUUGACAUUCAUUCACACACAAAAUAGAUAUGCCUUUACAGGUACAUACAAGACAUGGCUACAAUGUUGCCACCAAUAUACCAAUAAAAGUUUGGUGACACUUAAUACUUCCCCAGCCCCAGUUUUAAUGUUUUUGAAAUUACUUUAAAUUGGUUGCGAGUUGGAGUUUCAAUCAUGGGGUAAUGCACAGGGGAAUAAUCCAAGCAAUUUCAUCAUCAAAUGGAUAAGUAAAGUAUUACCAAGUUACCAAUAUAUCGUGCAGAUAAAAUGCCUUAAAAGUUACUAUUUAAAUAUCACAUAUACCCUUUAAGCUGUGCUUGGAUUAUGUCAACAACCUUCAAGUUAUUGAUCACAAAAAUUUAUCCAAGUAUGUUGGCCAAUUACCUACCACCCAAAUAGUUAUGAGCUUCUUUAUUUCCUCCAUAAAGUCCUCAGUCUAUUUAGUGAGGUAAAUGUCAGUUGCUGAGUGUAAUGAAAAAAUGACCAGCUCAUUUUAUCCCAAGUAAUGAAAGUUACACAUAACCAAUCAGACUACAACAAAAAAUUCCACUGACAACCCACACAAAAGGGGUGGGUCUGUGAGAGAUGCGAUAAAAAUCUCUGGCUCUUAGACAAUCAACUCAAUGACACAACCAAAACAACAGCCCAAAGUAAUGGCUUUCACACCCCCAUGUCAAUUGACAACAGAAAAUCUGGUUAAUAAAGGCACUUUUAAUCACACGUAAAUCACAAGCAGCUGAUGAUAUUGAUCAUAAUUAAUGUUCAACAAACAAAUAAGCUGUAGCAACCACCAACCAUGAGAUUUCUGAAGAACAUGUAUUAUCUGUGAACAAAAUUAACCAUUAAGUGAUUAUAUGUAACUAGACAAGAGUGUAUGCAAAUAAAUGUAUGUGAGUCACCACA